UAGUGACGGAGCAGUCAGUGUUGCUAAAGCAGUGUGACCAUCAGCCGUACGAGAUGGCAAUCCCGGAGUGGCGUUUGUCAUUAAAACUGAUGGACCAACCGUCCCUGCCGAAGACGGUGUUGCAGUUCCCCGAGACAGAGCCUGGGGACGUGGCCCCUGGCGGGUACCCAGUUGCUACCCUGAAACAGCUAGUUGCAGCCCAGUUACCUGAUUCAGUACCGGACCCAGAACUUAUAGAACUGGUGUAUUGUGGUCGUAAACUGAAGGACGACUUGACUCUAGAUUCCUAUGGGAUCCAGCCAGGUUCCACCGUGCACAUCCUGAAGAAAUCCUGGCCUGAACCAGAGGUCAAGCCAGAGCCAGUUGAUCGGGCCAUUGCAUCAAGAGAGUUCCGUGUGUUGCAGGCCGCUCUCCACACCAGUACUGCUUACAGAGACUCAGUGUUCAAGAUGCUGAACAAUAAGGAGUCUCUAGACCAGAUAAUAGUGGCCACACCAGGACUAAGCACUGAUCCAGUGGCAUUAGGUGUACUCCAGGACAAAGAUCUUUUCAUCCAAUUUACAGACCCCAACAUGUUAGAUAUGUUGAUAAGCUCUCACCCAGCAUUAGUUAAUGCCAUUGUCCUGGUCCUGCACUCAGUGGCUGGUAGUGUGCCCGCCCAGCAGAGUGCCAGCUCUUCGCGUAAUGUCUCCUCUAGCUCCUACAGUGAUAUGCCAGGAGGAUUCCUUUUUGAGGGCAUGUCAGACGAUGAGGAAGAUUUCCAGUCGGGGAAUCGUGCUGGGCCAUCCACCAGCGCCGGGGGUGCAUCGGGGGCGCGACCUGCCACAUUGGGCUACAGCGGCGCGGUGGGCCCUCGGCCAAUCACACAGAGCGAGCUAGCCACCGCCCUCGCCCUGGCUAGCACUCCUGAGAGCAGCGCAGUCACUCCCACCACAGGAAACCAGGGAACCUCCUCAGGUGUGUCCCCUGUGCCUGCUGGGACGCCCAUCACCAAUGACAUCUUCAAUCAGGCCCUGCAGCAGGCCCUGCAGGUGUCCAGUAUGUCCUCUCUACAGAGCCAGUGGCAGUCUCAGCUUCAGCAGCUGCGGGACAUGGGGAUCCGAGACGAGGAGCUGAUCCUGAGGGCGCUGCAGGCCACCGGGGGAGACAUACAGGCUGCCCUGGAGCUCAUCUUUGCUGGAGGAGCACCCUAGGCAGGGUUUGGGGGAUGUUUUUUUUUUUUUUUUUUUUUGACCGAUUCCCUGCACCCUCCUUUCUGUCAUCUGACUGUAGAACAUAUUGUAGAGGCAGCACUCAGUUUCAGUCCAAACCCUACAACCAGUUUGUUCCAGUUGCGCUCCCACUGAACUUUAUGACCCAUUAAAACAUGAUGUGCUCCUCCUUGGCUAAAGAAACAAAAGAAAUAUCUUCUUCCCAAUUAAAUUCUGUUGUACCUAAUUUGUUUUGCUCUAGCUCUUAAACUACUGAUUGUCAAAAAAAUUAAAACCUUUCUUUUACAUUUUUAAAUGAAUAAAUCGGCAAUAAAAAAAAGAUGUGAUGAUAGUCAAGUUCUGUGGUUUUCAACUGUGGGCUGAAUUCACGUCACUAAGCCUUGUAAAAUUUAGUGUGUGAAGUCAAAGCUGAUGUAAUAAAAGGUUAUGAAGUUCAUGUAAUGUACUAUAAUUCCUCUAUUUGUCGGGCAGGAAUAAGUUAAUGACAGCUGUUCGUUCAAAUGGGAAAGUAAAAGCAGUGAAAAUGGGUAAAAAUGACAAUAUUCUGAGUCGUCCCUUACAUAUUGGAAGAUGCCCUGAAGUAAAUCUGGUGAAGAGCCUUUUGCUGAGUGAGUUGGGAAUUUUCCCUAUUACAGUUUAAGUG